UUUUAGUUGCAUAUUUGAGGUUUAUUGCGCUUAUUCUCCUGCUGCUUACAGACGAACCUUACCCCUUGAAGUGUCCUUACUACAGUCCCCCUGCGCCCAGUGCCUGCGUUACUUGAAUUCACCUAUUGACAAUGAAGACAGGAUACCAAAGCUUGGUUAUUUCAUCGUCUCGCGUCCCUGCCGGAGAUGGUCGCACAAAUCAAAGCCUUGGAGAUGGAGAGCUGUCCCUUGCAACCACCGGGAGAUGCCAAGGUUCCAUUCCAGCCACCAAUAUCCAUAGUAAGAAUUGGAACAAGUCCACUCGGCUUGCAACCAUAUCAGCUCAAGUACUACAGGACAAGGAGAACCGCAGCCUUCCGGGAUCGAAGAAGUACCAGCACGUCAAGAGCAAGUUGGCAGAUUACAUCCGCCCUACCCACAAUCUCAAGCAAGCGGGUGCUGUUGAGGAAACUGGGGAAGCCUUCUCCGGAGGUGCUCUUCAAGCCUCGCCGGAUGUCCUGAAGGAUCAGAAGGCCGCCGUUAGCAUGGUCAAGGUAGAAUUGCAGAGGCAGGGGUUACAAGCCCAAAGGUCGCAUGGGCGCGGUGCGUCGGACGCCUCAGCUGGUCUCUCUGCCGAUGCGCAAGUGCACAGUCCUAUUGCGAGCACCGCGACUGCGGAUCACUGGUCUCAGGGCGCUAAGUCAAGCUCACCCAGCUCUUCCGACACGAGCGUUCCACGGGAUUUCGAUUUUUUGCGGAGUUCGGGUAGCACCGGAAGUGUCUCUGCUGGUGCG